CGCACCAAAUCAGUCAUAAUUAACCACCAUCACAACGAUCAACACCACUACCCAAAAUGGAUUUUGGUUAUACAGAUAAUUUCCUACAAAGUUCUAAGAAUUGAGUGAAAUUUCAACACGGAAUUUGAAAAAUAGGGAAUUUUGACCAUAAAAAUUGUAACUUUGUCACAUUAAGCUAUCCAAUUUAAAAUCAGUAAAGGUAAUUCACCAAUUAAAGAGUGAAAUAAGAACCCUAGAUAAGAAAUCUACAUAUUAGUAAGAAAGAAAACCCCAUAAUUGAAUCUGGAUACCGGGAAACCCCAUAAUUGAAUCUGAGAUAGGGUGAAUACCGGAGAAGGAGAAGAUUGUUGCAUGAGUUAUAGGAGAUUAGAAGUAGAUCGAACAACUACUUCCGACGAUUAUCAUAUUAUCAUAUGAUAUCCUUUUUUUCUUUUUCCAUUUCAACCAAUUUGAAACCCUAUGUUCUACACAGCAACAAAAAUGAAGGGAACAUGAAGGAGGUACUGCUGGUGAUGGUGGCGGGGGAAGAAACAAAGGAGACGGUUGGUGAAUGAUCAGAGAAAUGGUCAUGAUUUUGAUUUUGGUGGUGACGGUGAUGGUGCGCGAGGAGGAGGAGAAGUUUCUGGUGUUGGCGGUGCGAGAGAAAGAGACAAUAAGUUUCUUACACAGAGAAGAAUAAAGAAGAAUAGGAUAGGUUGGGUAUUCUUGAAAAAUGAAAUGGAUGUAAUUUACACAUUUGAAAAUAUUUGGGAUUUUUAUUUCAUUUUUUCUGGAUAUAGUUUUCAUUUAGUUCAAAUAAUAUGGCUGGUGUACGUGUAACUCAAAGAGUAUUACCUUGAUUUUCUAGAGCUUAAUAUGUUAAUUUGUGGUAUCAAAUAUCAAUAGGCGCCUGCCGUUGCUGUGAACUUAAACUGGGUGAGGUUGGUGGAGCUCCAAAAGUAGACUCUAAUGGCCGUAUCUCUCUCUUCUUACUCCACUUUUCUGUCUCCUGUUCUCCGAACCAAAUUCGUUUAUAGAAAAUCUCAAGAAUUAAAGCUACGAUUCAGCUGUCGUCCUGUAGUAUUGAAUGCUAGUUAUAGUAGUACCAGUAGUUUUAGUUGGGAUGAUGUUUAUGGAGUAAUUUCUAAACCAGAUGAUUCAACCUCACAUUCAUCAAAACUCGAUGGGUUUCUCCAAAGAAUCAAAACUUGUAACCGUGGAUUUGAAAUGAAAUCUGAAUUCCUUCCGUUCAUUAUCGAGGAACAAAUUGCUGGAUAUGUUCAUAAUCAGUUCGCUAGCCAUCUAAGGAAAUUCCAGGAUGUUUUUGCAUUUCCUGAGGAUAAUUUGUUUGGUAAUGGUGGUGGUGGUGGCUAUGUGAUAUUGAACCCAUCACUUAAAUUACCAGAGGACAGGACAAAGGCAGUUGGGGAUGUUAUUAAGUGCUUGGGUGAAGGAGUAAUACCAGGUAUACGGAAUGAGCUUUACCCUGUGACAACAUCAUAUGGGGUGCCAGCAUAUUUUUCUCUGGAACGUGCAGCUGCUCCAUUCUUCGGAAUUAAGGCUUAUGGCAUCCACUUGAUUGGCUAUGUCGAUAGGGAUGGUGAGAAAUCUUUGUGGAUAGGAAAGAGAAGCGACAUGAAGCCUACUUUCCCUGGAAUGCUUGAUCAUUUAGCUGCUGGAGGACUGCCCCAUGGCAUCACAUGUAAAGAGAAUGUAAUGAAAGAAUGCCAAGAGGAAGCAGGAAUACCACGAUCCAUCUCGAACGGUGCUGUCCCAGUUGGAGCUGUUUCAUAUGUGGACAUCAAUGGGUAUAGCUAUAAGAGAGAUGUUCUCUUUUGUUAUGAUUUGAAGCUUCCUGCUGAUUUUGUUCCUACAAAUGAAGAUGGAGAGGUUGAGAGUUUUAGGUUGAUUCCGGUGAAAGACGUCGCAAAUAUCAUACGAAGGACCGAGUUUUUCAAGGCAAACUGUUGUCUCGUCAUCAUUGAUUUCUUAUUUAGACACGGGUAUAUCAGUCCGGAAGAUCCAGGUUACCUGAACCUGUUACAAAGCUUGAGAAGUGGAGAUUGUUCCUGAAAUGUAAAUGUACUCCUGGUUCAUUCAUUUUCCUUCUGUCUGAUGUUUUCCAAUGUGUUGGUCUUGGCCUGUCUCUGUAGUACUAUUGGACCACAUUUUAAUUCCCUGUUAUUAAAUGGGUGGGAAAAAUAAAAUAAAAAUGUUUGAAUUUUCA